AUGGCAGCCUGCUGUACCCAGUACUUAUUGCUCUUCUUCCUGCUGGGAGCCUCCCACUGGACUUUGGUCCAGAACCUUCGCUGCAUGGUGAGUAGAAUCCAGCGUUUGGAGGAAGAUCCAGGCCGAACCUUUGACUGGACUUCAAAGACUGAGAAGGUUGAGAGUUGCAAUUCUGGAGAACUUUGCCAGGAAACUGUGCUGUUGAUUAAAGCAGAAGGAACCAAGACUGUUGUUUUGGCCAGUAAGGGUUGCGCCGCUCAAGGACCAGAGUCAAUGACUCUGAUCCAGUACACCCCACCCCCUGGCCUGAUCGCCCUCUCCUUCAGUAACUACUGCAACAGCACCCUCUGCAACAGCAGAAGCAACAUAUCUCUAUUCUGGAACCCACCGGACACCACAGUAACUCCCAGUAUGCCAGGAAACCUCCGCUGCCCAACAUGUGUGGCUCUGGGGUCCUGUCCCAGUGCCCCCUCUCUGCCCUGUGCCAACAGUACGACUCAGUGCUAUCAAGGAAAACUUGAGCUCUCCGGAGGAGGAAUGGACUCCACCGUGCAUGUUAAAGGCUGCACCACUGCAAUUGGCUGCAGACUGAUGGCUUCAAUGACUUCAGUGGGACCCAUGACAGUGAAGGAGACCUGCAGUUACUACUCUUUCCUCCAGCCCAGAAAGGCAGAAGGAAGUAAUAGGGCCUCCUGGAUGCUCACCUCACUGUGGGUGCUGGAGCUGCUGUUGCCCACACUGCUGGUGGCCCUGAUCCACUUCCCCUAG